UGCAACUGCAACAAGUGGGUCUGUGGUGCUGCCUCGAUAAUUGAAUAAAUGGAAAGUCUGGUGGAGGUGCAGAAGCAGGAGGCAGAUCUGUAAAAUCUAUCCACAGACAAAAAGCUAAGCACUGCUCUGGAGGGAGGGCACUCUGCCUUGAAAUAGGGACUGAACAGCCUCACAAGGGCAUGCAGCUGGGGUGCUUGUUGCUGUUUUGUUCCCGGAAAACGAGAACUGCCAGCAAUCCUCUGGCAUCUGAAUAGACUCGUGUCAGACAAACUGUAUCUGGACUUGAUGGGAAACCAAGCUGGAAUACCAAGCAGCCCUUGGAUCUGCUGGCAGAGAGGAGGACUGGCUCAGGAUGAAGCUUCCAAAUCCUUGUGAUGUGAGCAGGUGAGGAUGUCUGCUGACAAGUCCAAAUGAUAUUUUCAGGUGUUCUACUGAUCUUGGCACUGACAGAAGAGCUGGUGUUUUCUGCUCAGGUACUGUCUCCCACUGUCUCCUCCUCUCAGGGCUUCCCGAUGAACACUACAACUAUCACAGCCAUGGGAACAACACCUCACCACAAAGACCACCACACAGAGCCCCUUCCCACGUCUGCUCAAGCCAUGUCCCACCCCAUCAGCCUGGUGGAGGAAGCCCCUUCCACCGGGCAAGAACAAGAGAGUGGCCCUCGCAUCGGCGAGAAGGAAACUUACCAUUUGUACAACCAGAGUGCUUUGUACUCAGGACAGUCUCGCCCCAAGGGGAAAAUAUUCCAGGUUUUCAAAGGCAACUUCUCAGAGUCGACAGAGCCUUACCUAAAGACGACCCUGCACUCUCCCUUCCCUACCCUGAGGAGCCCUUUCACAGACCACCCGUUCCAGUCCCAGACCACAGCAUCCAGCGAUCCAAAUGGAAUGGGGCUGGCAAGAACUACACACUCAGCCCCUUCUCCCCACCGCACCUCGGGAAGCCGUAGGGAAGCAGAGAGAGGGGAUGGGACCGAGGCAGUAGUGCAGGAGGCAGAUUUUGCCACCACAACUGCUGGACCAUCAACUGAUCCUGAAGCAGUGUCGGUGCCUUUUAAACCCACCCGCUAUGGCGUGUGGGAUAUGCUGAGCAAAAACAACUCUUGGGUAACCUUGAAUCUCAGUACAAAUGUCCCUCUGUUUGCUGGCUCUGGAUCUGCUACAGCAGCAGCUGGUCACUCGGUUCAGACCAGGUUUGAUGUCAGCGUCUCGUCCCCGGCAGCGGGGGACCCUGAGGGACUCGCUCCAACACAGCACGGUGCGGUGACCGGCGCCACGUCACCGGGCAGUGCCCUCUCCUCAGUGCCUGCCACCAGGCUGUCCAGCUCCACCUCCACAGCUGGCUUUACCGCCACCGGGAACUUCCUGAACAGACUGGUUCCUGCCGGGACCUGGAAACCAGGUGUGCAAGGAAACAUCUCCCAUGUCACUGAGGGGGACAAACCCCAGCACAGAGCGACCAUCUGUCUCAGCAAGAUGGACAUUGCCUGGAUCAUUCUGGCUAUCAGCGUCCCUAUAUCCUCGUGUUCAGUUCUGCUGACAGUCUGCUGUAUGAGAAGGAAGAAGAAGACAUCUAACCCAGAGAACAACCUGAGCUAUUGGAAUAAUGCUAUUACCAUGGACUACUUCAACAGGCAUGCUGUAGAGUUACCAAGAGAGAUCCAGUCACUGGAGACUUCAGAGGACCACCUGUCCGAGCCACGCUCCCCGGCCAACGGCGACUACCGGGACAGCGGGAUGGUCCUGGUGAACCCCUUCUGUCAGGAGACACUGUUCGUGGGGCACGAGCAGGUCUCUGAAAUAUGACCCCACAGCUGCCCCCGUACUGCAGUUUCAUCUCUACUGU